AUGGGUAGGAGUUGGAUGGCAAAAGAUAGGUUAUCAAAAGAAUAUGAAGAUGGAGUUGAGAGUUUUAUUGAAAUAGCCUUGAAAAAUACAGUGGAUCCUAAGAGAGUUCAUUGUCCAUGUCAAAAGUGUUCUAAUUUGAAAAAAUUGGAUAUAAAGGAAAUAAAAAACCAUUUGUAUUUCAAUGGAAUAGACAAAACUUAUGUUAAGUGGAUAUGGCAUGGAGAACAAGUUGAGUCUACUUCCAAAGUACACAAUGAAAAUAAAAAAAUUUCUCAAGUGUUUGAUGACCCUAUAGAGAUGGUGAGAGAUGCAAAUGAUCGAUUUGUGGAUAGGCCAAAAGAAUUUGUAAAGUUCUUAGGAGAUGCAGAGAAACCAAUUUUUCCAGGGUCGCCUAUGUCAAAGUUGGUUGUUUUGGUAAAAUUAUACAAUUUAAAAGCUGGUAGUGGUUGGAGUGACAUAAGUUUCACAAAGUUGCUUGAUUUGAUGAAGGAGAUUUUACCAAAAGACAAUGAGAUGCCUUCUUCCCUUUAUGAGGGGAAAAAAACUUUGUGCACUUUAGGAAUGGAUUAUAAAAAGAUACAUGUCUGUCCUAAUGAUUGUGUUUUAUACCGCAACACUUUAGAAAAUGCAACCGAGUGCCCUACGUGCAAGACAUCGAGAUGGAAGAGAGGUAAAGAAGGAAAAGAAGGUAAGAAAGGGAUUCCAGCUAAAGUAUUAUGGUAUUUGCCACCGAUACCAAGAUUUAUACGUUUGUUUCGGAAUCCUGAACAUGCUAAAAAUUUAAGAUGGCAGGAGGAUGGAAGGAUCAAAGAUGAUAAACUACAACAUCCAACAGAUUCAUUAGCUUGGAAAACUAUCGAUGAGAAAUGGCCUGUAAUAAAAAAGGAUCCUAGGAAUCUUCUACUUGGUCUUUCAGCUGAUGGCAUCAAUCCAUUUAGCAAUAUGAGCUCGUCUUACAGUUGUUGGCCAGUGAUAUUAUGUAUUUACAACCUCCCUCCUCACCUUUGCAUGAAAAGAAGAUUCACAAUGCUGAAUUUGUUAAUUUCAGUAAGUAAACAACCUGGAAAUGAUAUAGACGUCUAUUUGGCACCGUUGAUAGAUGAUUUAAAGUUGUUGUGGGAUGGAGUGGAUUGUUAUGAUUCUUUUAAUAAAGAAAGUUUUAUACUGAGAGGGUUACUUUUAUGGACAAUUAAUGAUUUUCCAGCUUAUGGAAACUUGUCAGGGUGUUAUGUUAAGGGUUAUAAAGGAUGUCCAAUAUGUGGGGAACAAACAAGUGCAACAAGAUUGAAGUUUUGUAAAAAAGACUUGUUACAUAAGGCAUAG